AAACGCACAUGUAAACCCUGGUCCGUUUUAUUUUUUAAUAGUCUGAAUUAGUUCGUGUGCUCUUGUGUUUUAAAGGUUUCAUGGUUUUCGAGGUGAGUGGAUGACAACGUGGGUAAACUGCGUGAAUGCAGCGCGAAUAAAAGCCGGUGGAGAUGCUGUGUGGAAUGAAGAGGGAAGCUGUCCGUGCAGAUGCCUGUUCAAAACACAGGAGACGUCAAUGAUUCGUUUCCAAAAUAAUUCAGAAGAGCACGAUCCCCCUUUGAGUACUUGAACACGUUAAUGGAUCAAAGUGAGACAGACAAAUGUAACCAGCGCGUGUUUCACUGUGAUCGGCGGUGAUCGAUUCUGCACAGGCCUGGUUCGUGUCACACAAGCCUGCAGUUUAUUUUAAAGAGGAGCCGACACCAUGAAUGAAGUGGAUUAUCUUGAUCAUAACAGAGCUGAGAGUCUGCAGUUUGAAGAAAAGCCGGACAUUAAACCUCCAGAUGUUGAACAGCUGCAGGACGCUGAUAUAAACCAAACCGCUGAUGUCCAACAGCUGUUGGUGAUCAAAGAAGAGGUUUCCCAUGAAUGGAGCAACAGUCUGGACCAGAAGGGCCCAGAGCUUCUCUUUAAAAAGGAGGAACAAGAUGAACUCAGGAACAGUGAGGUGGGAGAGCCGCUUAAUGAUCUAACGAAAGCUGAUAUCAUCAGGUUCCAACUCACUGCUGGUCCUGUGAAGACUGAAAACGAUGAAGAGAAGCCUAACUCUUUACUUCUCCUUCAGAAUCAAAUGGGAGAGGCAGAGCCUCCACUUUGCAGCUUAGCUAAACAGAUAAAAACAGAAAGUGAUGGAGAGGACCGUGAAGGACCUGGACCUGGAUCAUGGAACCCAGAUCCAAAUACUGAUGAGAAGGCUUCAGACUCUUCUGCGACUGACGUCUCAGAUGAUGAUGAUGAUAGUGACGAUGGUGGUGGUGAUUGGCAAGAACCUUUGUCAGAUUCUGGACCUCCAAAUGAUGACGGUGAAAAUAAUCAGGGAGCUCCUACAUCAAGUGCAAAUGGACUCAAAUCUCCAAAAAGCAAGAGGCCUGUUCAGAGGCUCAUGACAAGCCAUUCAAUGGGAACUUCCUCCAGGCAUUUGGGAAAUGUAGAUUCACCCAGACAAGACAGACAAUUUAUCUGUGGUAUCUGCGGAAAACGAUUUACACAAAAACAAAAUCUUAAGACACAUAUCCGAAUUCACACUGGUGAAAAACCAUUUCAUUGUGAUUUUUGUGGAAAGCGUUUUCGACAUCUCUAUAGUUUCAAGGCGCACAUCAGAAUCCACACAGGAGAGAAACCAUUUGUAUGUGACAUCUGUGGUGAAAGGUUUACACAACAGCAAAAUAUCAAGAGGCACAUCAGGGUUCACACAGGUGAGAAACCAUUCGGUUGUGGGGUUUGCACAAAAAGAUUUACACAACAGGUGGACCUGAAGAGACAUAUGAGAGUUCACACAAGAGAAAAACCAUUUGGUUGUGAUCUUUGCAGUAAAAGAUAUAACCGGAAAACACAAUUAAGUGCACACAUGAGAGUUCACACAGGAGAAAAACAGUUUGCUUGCGACAUUUGUGGUAAAAGGUUUAACCGGAUGGCGCUUGUUAAAGCACACACAAGGGUUCACACAGGAGAGAAACCAUAUGGCUGUGAUGUUUGUGGCAAAAGAUUUAACAGGAAAUCACAUCUCAAAGCCCACACAAGAGGCCACACGGGAGAGAAACCACAUGGUUGCGAUGUCUGCGGCAAAAACUUUGUACAUCAGCGCGAUCUCAAGAUCCACAUCAGAGUUCACACCGGAGAGAAACAGUUUAGCUGCACUGUAUGUGGGAAGAGAUUCACCCAUCAGGGAACUCUAACGAGACACAUGAGAGUCCACACUGGAGAGAAGCCAUUUAGCUGUGGUGUUUGUGGUAAAACGUUUACUCAGAAGGGAAAUCUAAACAGACAUGUGAAAACCCACACGGAGUAACAGCUUUGAAUGCUGUAUAGUUUUGAAUGGUUCUGUGAAUGCACUUACCUGCUAAUGAAUAAGUUGGAUGGAUCUUUUUUGUUUGUUUGUUUGGUCAUUAAUUAUGUCUGUUCACGCUAUUGGGUGCUUUGAAGGAUGCCCUGUACUGUAUGAAAAAAUAGAGACUAUGGCUGGUGACAUUUAUAGUAGGGGUGGUACCAUGUGCUCGAAGUGAUGCAAGCUAUAUUGUAAUUGGGAAAUAUAUUACUUGAAUUCCAGAUAGCAUUUAUUUAUACAUUUUCUAUAUCCAAGGUACAUAACCAUGUUUAGUCAUGAUAUUUUUAAUAAUAAUCUAUGCUUGAGCAUUUUGUUUUUCUGUAUGAACCAGAACUCGGUGGUGUGCACCAAAAUAAGUUUGGAUCAGCAUACCACAGUCAAACAGCAGCUAUGUGGUGUUGGAUAACACAGAACCAGAUGGACACAUCUACUCCUGAUAUUUUUUCUGGUAUGGAGUAUAUCAACUAAUGUAUUUAGGUUUUAAUUUUGCAUUUAAUUUCAACUCCUUAUUGUAUUUAGAUUUUGUAUUUAAUCACUUUCUUUUUCAGUUGCUCUAACAGUAACUU